AUGUCGUCCCCCUUCUCGAUCAACGGCGGCGCCUGUGUCGCCAUGGUCGGCAAGGACUGCGUCGCCAUAGCUUGCGACCUGCGCCUCGGCCUCCAGGCCCUAACCGUAUCCAACAACUUCCCCAAGGUCUUCCAGUACGGCGACGUCUUCCUCGGCCUCACGGGCCUCGCCACCGACGUCAGCACCGUCAGCGACCUCUUCCGCUACAAGGUCAACAUGUACCGCCUCCGCGAGGAGCGUCCCAUUGCGCCGCGAACCUUUGCCAAUCUCGUCUCCUCGUCUCUCUACGAGCGCCGCUUCGGCCCUUACUUUGUCUCCCCCGUCGUCGCCGGCCUCGACCCAAAGUCCGGAAAGCCCUUCAUCUGCGGCUUCGACAGCAUCGGUUGCAUCGACUUUGCAAAGGACUUUAUCGUCUCCGGAACCGCCUCAGAGCAGCUCUUUGGAAUGUGCGAGGGUCUCUGGGAGCCCGACAUGGGCCCCGACGCGCUGUUCGAGACCAUCUCCCAGGCCCUGCUGAAUGCCGUCGACCGUGACGCCUUGUCCGGCUGGGGCGCACAUGUAUACAUCAUCGAAAAGGACAAGGUCACCAAGAGAUUACUGAAGGGCAGGCAAGACUAG